CUGGUAACUGCGUUUCCGGCGCGAUGGUCGCGUCACAAUUGGCAAUGGCUUAAGGUCUCGUUUAGCAAAGCUUAACACAGUGUGCAGGUGUUAGACAACGCUUAUCUUGCGAUCCCCGACCUACUUCAGAUUCUUGAACCCCAUUUCUACGCUCUACAACCUUGAACAAAGGCAUUUACUUGCUAUCGAAUACAGGAUUUGGUACCAUGGCAAGCUGGCUUACUUAUCCACUGCAGCUGACAGGGGGUCGCGAAUUUACUUGCGAAAAAUUCACCGAAGAGCAGUGCAGCUACUACAUGCAGCGAUGGCACUUUUGGUACAUCGCCGACUACGUCUACGCUCUACCAACAGUGGCUUUCUUCAUGAGUACUAUCGGUGUCUUCGUCAUUGGCCAUAUCAUAUCAUCGCAGGUUCUGGGAUACUGUGCGACGAGAGGUCCUCGCGUCUGGCUGCAGCUGAUUGCAGUCAUUCGAUAUCUCUCAUACCGCGGUUUCCAUGUCAAACCGCUGAAAUGGAAUACAGCGCCAGUUGGACUGCUGAUUCUAGGAGCCAUAGGGGCAGUCUACUUCUUUUGCAUGGAUUUAAUCCCACAGCCGUACUACUGGUCGAGCGAGCAUUUUGGUCACUCGCCACCACUUGGUACAAGAUCAGGCUGGAUGGCAUUAGCCUGUAUGCCAUUUGUCUUUGCAACGGCAAGCAAGACAAACUGGAUCACCCUCACGACUGGGGUUUCCCACGAGAAGAUUCAGGUCUUCCAUCGGUGGAGCGCUUAUGCGUUCUUCCUUCUGGCAUUGAUGCACACAUUUCCGUUCAUUGUCUACCACAUUCGGUUCCACGAUAUGGUAUCGCAAGUCACGAUGAUGAAUACCUUGUUCUACUGGACCGGCAUUGUGGCGCUUAUCUUCCAAGCUUGGCUCACCUUCGCCUCGCAUAGCAUGAUGAGACACAUGAGCUAUGAGUUCUUCAAAGCGACUCACUUCCUUGCUGUCGUGGUAUUUGUCAUAGUCUUCUUCUGGCACUGCGACUACACGCUCACUUCCUGGCACUACUUCGUUGCGACGGCCGCUAUCUACGUCCCCUGCUUUGUCUACCCAUGGGUUCGCACUGCCUUCGAGUACGGCUUCACCCAGAAGGCUCACAUACACAUCGAAGGCAAUGGUUUCAUACGACUUACGAUCCCAUCAGUUAACAUGCGUUGGAAGCCAGGGCAGCAUUGUUUCCUGCGGUUCACAAGCUUUGGGCUUCAAGCCUUUUCUUCGCAUCCUUUCACCAUCUGCUCACUACCUACGAUUCGAGCGAACGAGACGUCCGAGCUCGUGUUUUACAUCCGUCAUUCGCAUGGCUUGACCAAGAAGUUACACGCAUAUGCUGAGAAGCAGCCAGGCACCCCUGUAUCUGUGCUCAUCGAUGGCCCAUACGGAGGCAUCAAUAUUCAGAGAUUCAACGAGGCAGAUCGCUUGCUCGUCAUUGCCGGCGGAUCAGGUGCUGGCUGGAUCCUUUCCUUCCUAGAGCUGUUCUGCAGACAGCGCAGUGCUACCACAGCGACUGAAGCAGUGGUUGAGGUGAAGUCAACUACUGAUGAAGAGAAGCACGCCGGCAGUUUCGAUCUUCGCCGUAGUCUACGAAUCAUUCUGUCGACUCGCGAUGUAGACAGCCGCACUUGGUUCAUGGAGACAGUUGCUGAGCUCUUUGCGAAAUACUCGAUGCUGCAGAGGCCAGACGACAUCGCUAUCGAAGUUCAUCUGACCGGCGAAACAGAGGGGACCACCGGCAUGACACGGUCGAGUGGAGAUGACCUAGUCUUUUCAUUGUCUUCAGAUAACAUCAAAAUCAAGACCAAGAGCGACCAUGUCAGCGCGCCAAAAACGGACUUCUCCGGCCGGCCUGACUUGCCGCUUGUUGUACAGAAAGAAGGUGAAAGAGCAGUAGCGGAGGGCAGUGCAUUGAGCGUUUAUGUCUGUGGGCCGAUCACCAUGCAGAAUAGUGUACGCAAUGCUGUUGCAAGGGAGAAUCUGGGAAUAGUCAAGGGAGCAAAGUCUUUCGGAGUAUAUCUGCACUCAGAACACUUUUCGUGGGCGUAAGGUACUAGACAUUGUUGCGGUGCAAGUCGGUCCUAUAGGCCUUGAUCGUUACCUCUGUUGACUGCCUUGGACUAGCACGUCUCAGGACAUGUAUAUAUGGCCGCCUCCUAGCUAGCAAGCAACUCAGCGCAGUUUUCCAUCAAUACAUAGAGCAGCUACGUCUGCCGGGAGAGGCAUGAUUACCACCCACGAUAUUAAUCAAAAUUGC